CGUAGCCUUGUGAGUGAUCGCGCGCGCGCUGAGCUUUGAGUGAGGCUUUGACUGAGGAGGAGGAGGAGGACUACAACGACCUGCAGCUUGCACGGUUACUAUGGCGAUGGGAAGGCUCGUCGCCCGGGCCUUGGUUCUGAGGGGGAUGCUGACAGGCUGACACCCACCACCAUCCCUUUAGUUGAGGCUGUCAGUCCCGCCUUUCCCCACAAAAUCCAUCGCCUCCUGCCGUCUGUGGGGCCCUGUUAGCUCCCGUUUCCCCAGUUAUCAACCUAAAGGACGCCCCCUCUCCAUCCCACAGUGCUUCGUUCGCUAUGGGCCCCUGAAUUCUGAGUCCACCUACAAAGGCCAUGGAGAAGAGGCUGGAAGACAAUUUCAGUAUCAGCUCUCUGCACAUUUUGGGACAGUUCCUUGGAAAAGCUGCCAAGUUGUUGGGCCAGAUUCACCUUCUCUACAUAUGUGCCUGCUUCAGUGUUUUCUGUUCCUAUACAGAUGCUAGCUGGAACAGAAAUGCAUGCCAGCCGGGGAGGCCUCUGGUGGGGCAGCACUUGAGGUCAUCAGAUGGCGUCCAUCUCCAACUCCUGGAUGGAUUUCAUUCCAUCCACUCUUGUCAAGCAGCCUGCUGUCAGAGCCCUGACUGUGAUGCAUUUUGGCUUAUGGGCAAAAUGUGCAUCCAGGUGAACUGCACUACUCCUCUGGGGUGUCAAGGAAUACAGACCAACUCUAUUGACUCCAUCUUGGUGUUUGUAAAGAAGCCUGCCCAUGCAUUAUCCUCCCAGCCUGUAGCAGAGAGGAAAACACAGCUUCCUAAAUGGUUGGAUGGGAGGGAAGAACAUAGAAGAAGUAAAACAAGGAUGCGGAGGUCCUUUCAACAGCAGCUGACUCAGAGAGUGCACCAAGUAGAUGGCAUCAGUAGCUCUCUAAGGAGGGAGACAAGUUCCAGCAGUGGAAAUCCCGCAACUCCCCCUGCUCCAUCUCAACCUUCAGAUAGUAAGGACCUGGCAGAGCCUCAGUCUUCAGGGCAAGAUGCAAACCUUCCCAGAGACCUUGUGAAUCCAGAAGGGGUCCUGCUGCAAAACAGUGAAGAUUUAAAAGGGCCAAAAUCUCAAAGCUUGUCUCUUCCUGUGAAAAGUAAUGUGAACAGCCCAAGCGAUCUUGUUGGGAAAAACUCUGGGGGGGCCCCUGCAGGAGCUGCUACUCCGAAACCAUCUCCUGUAGCUUCAUUCUCCAGUUCUGCCGUGCCAAGCUUGAUGGCUGUUGGGGACUCUGAGAAAGCCAAGCCAUCCAACUCUUCCAUCCAGCUUUCAUCCUUGGAAGAGGCCGUUCCAAGUUCCAGCACUCUUCAGGGGAAAGAUACUGUGACAGUUCAGCAGCUGACCUCCAUUCCCACCGGCAUGCCCACCAAUAACAGUGUUACUAUGGCCCCAACUAAUCCUGCCAUGUUACCCAGCACUGCUGCCCCAACACCAGUUAUCAGGAAACUGGCUGUUUCUGCUGGAGACAGUGUACAGGUGACGCUUCCAAAGAAUGAAGUGGAGCUGAAUGCAUAUGUCUUGCCUCCGCCACCUGAAGGAAAUAUCUACUCCUAUGACUGGAGGCUGAUCACCCAUCCCACUGAUUAUAGCGGAGAGAUGGAGGGCAAGCACUCACAGAUCCUCAAGUUAUCCAAGCUCACGGUUGGCCUGUAUGAAUUCAAGGUGAUCGUUGAAGGUGAUAAUGCAUAUGGUGAAGGAAGAGUGAAUGUGACAGUGAAGCCAGAGCCUCGAGUAAAUCAGCCUCCUGUGGCUAUCGUUUCUCCCCCAUUUCUGGAGAUCUCAUUGCCAACCACCUCUACGGUAAUUGACGGCAGCCAAAGCACUGAUGAUGACCGGAUUGUCAGCUACCACUGGGAAGAACUGAAGGGGCCCCUGCGGGAAGAGAAGGUGUCUGCAGACACUCCAAUUCUGAAAUUGACCAAUUUGGUACCUGGAAACUACACGUUCAGCCUCACUGUGGUAGACUCAGAUGGUGCCAGCAACUCCACAACUGCCAGCCUGACUGUGAACAAAGCCGUAGAUUACCCACCUACGGCGAAUGCAGGUCCUAACCAAGUGAUUACUCUACCCCAAAACUCCAUCACUCUCUACGGGAACCAAAGCACAGACGACCACGGUAUUGUCAGCUAUGAAUGGUCCCUAAGCCCCAACAGCAAAGGAAAAGUAGUAGAGAUGCAGGGAGUGAGGACGUCGACUUUGCAGCUCUCUGCAAUGCGUGAAGGUGACUACACCUACCAACUGAUGGUGACAGAUUCUGCUGGCCACCAGUCCACUGCUGAGGUGACCGUGAUUGUGCAGCCCGAAAACAACAAACCUCCUGAGGCAGAUGCUGGUCCAGACAAAGAAUUAAUCCUCCCAGUGGACAGCACCACUCUAGAUGGCAGCAAGAGCUCAGAUGACCAGAAGAUUGUAUCUUUCCUUUGGGGAAAAACACGGGGUCCAGAUGGUGUGAAACUGGAGAAUGCCAACAGCAGCAUCGCUACAGUCACUGGGCUGGAGGUUGGCACGUAUGAAUUCACAUUGACAGUCAAAGAUGAGCGGAACUUGCAGAGCCAGAGUUCGGUGAUGGUCAUCGUCAAGGAAGAGAUAAACAAGCCCCCCGUUGCAAAAAUCGCUGGGAGCAUCAUCAUUACCCUUCCGAACAGCACCGCUGAGCUUGAUGGGUCAAGGUCCACAGACGACAAGGGAAUCGUCAGUUUCCUCUGGAUUCGGGAUGACAGCAGCCCUGCAGCUGGGGAGGUGUUAAAUAAUUCGGAUCAUCACCCGAUACUUUUCCUUGCCAACCUAGUGGAAGGGAUGUACAUGUUUCAUCUGAAAGUGACAGAUGCCAAAGGAGAAAGCGACACAGACAGAGCCACAGUGGAAGUGAAGCCAGAUCCGAGGAAGAAUAACCUUGUUGAAAUGAUCCUUGAUGUGAACGUCAGCCAGCUGACGGAGCGGCAGAAAGGCAUGUUCAUCCGUCAGAUAGGCGUUCUGUUGGGGGUCUUGGAUUCGGACAUCACCGUACAGAAGAUUCAGCCCUAUACUGAGCAGAGCACCAAAAUGGUUUUCUACGUGAGGAACCAGCCUCCUCGCCAGAUUUUCAAAGGGCGCGAUGUUGCAUGGACUCUCAGGAAUGAACUGCGGAAGCAGCAGUCAGACUUCCUCAUUUUCAGAGCACUGGAGAUUAACACAGUCACAUGCCAGCUGAACUGUUCAGAUCAUGGGCACUGUGACUCCUUCACCAAGCGCUGCAUCUGUGACCCUUUCUGGAUGGAGAACUUCAUCAAAAUGCGGAUUGGUGAUGGUGAGAGCAACUGUGAAUGGAGCGUGCUGUACGUGGUCAUUGCAUCCUUUGUCAUCGUGGUCUCCUUUGGGAUCUUCUCUUGGGCUGUGGUCUGCUGCUGCAAGAGACGGAAAGGAAAACCCAAAAGGAAGAGCAAAUACAAGAUCUUGGAUGCCACAGAUCAAGAGAGUCUGGAGUUGAAACCAAAUCCCAAAGCAGGCAGCAAACAGAAAGCUCAGGUCCAGAACACCAGUCUGAUGCAUUCGGAAUCCGAGCUAGAUAGUGAUGAAGCGAUCUUUACUUGGCCAGAUCGGGAUAAAGGGAAACUUCUGCGCAACCAGAACGGUUUCCUGCGCAAUGGGCAGGUGACGCCCAAGCCGAAGAAUCAACGGGAAGAGAUCCUAUAGCCACAGGCUGGCCUUAGCUAAGUUAUGGCAAGCGGUUGUAGGAGGCUGUUCUGCCCUUCCGUUGCACGAGGAACCAAUGGAAGCCAGCCACACCAUGUUCAGGGUAACGCUGCUAACGUAUUACGUGACGACACCUUUUGUUUACUGCUGAUCUUUUUCUUACUGCUUGUACUUGAAUUUGGACUUCAAGGGAAACUUUGGCACAAAGAAGCUGUGAAACAAAGACUGUGAAGGGCAAGCGCUCGUUCUGAAAUACCAUUACCUCCUCUCACGGAACUGUAAAAGCUCCAGCCUGUGCCGUGCACCUUUUCCUACCAGCCCUGAAGUCUGCCUGCUGUGUGGGGUGGCCCUUUUCACCCCCACACCUCCCUUUUGUGGAGGGUGGUUGGUUGUGUUCUCAAGAACUGAACUUGGCUCUUGCCUGCCUCGAAAGCCAAGAUGCCUCAGACUGCAUGUUGGGGGGAGGGUCUCUUUUUUUCUAAAAUGCUCACUUCAACUGUAGGAAAGCAAUUUUUGUUCUCUCUCAUCGUUACCAACGAGUUUCCAAGUCUUUCCACACAGGAGGAGGAGGCCAGGCUUUGCAGAAAGCAGCAUUUUGUGGCCUCAGGGGCAUGGAGGGGGAGACACUUUUGGGUCAUGUUUAUGAUUGUAAACCGUUAUUUUUUGUUCGUUUGUUUUAAGUUAUUGUUAGUCUCACCACUGGGAAUGGAGGCAAUGCUGCCAUAUCUUUGAACCCCACCCCCAACACUCCCUGUCAGUUCCUAAAGCUUGCUUCUUUGUAGACUUUAGGAUAUUAAGUUCUUAUUCCAGUUGAGAAAUACCUUUGACAAUGGGAAAAUCUUUGCACAGUUGUUAAGGGGAAGGUGGUUCCAAGCCACAUAUGGCUAGAUCGAUUGAUUACUUUGAUCCCCAGUAGAUCAGUGCCUCCACCACCUCUACUUUGCACUUCUUCUUUGUUUCCUGUUCAUUGUGUGCUUGUCUUAGGAAGUAUUGUUUUCUUAUCAGAUUCAGAGAAAUGUCUCAUCUUUUGCUGUCCUAAAGUAGCUUCUGUUGAGCCUCCUUGCUUGAAUGACACUAACUUUGAAGAUGGAGAGCUUCUUCCACUGUUCACACCAACCCUCUCCCCUUUUUGAAUCAAUGGAAUGCAAUGAUUGGGUUUGGUUUUUCUUCCAUCACCUUUUCCCCUGCUUUAUUCUCCCUGCCUUUUACCCACUACGCUUGGCAAACUAUGUGCCUCUCCUGAAGAAUAAUCACGUUUUGAGGGACUUCCCUCCCUCCUCUGUUCAGUUCUGCUGCCCUUUAAGUCCCAAAGGGGAGCCUUCCUGCUGCUCGUACUUUGAAAACUAAAAUUUAAUUGUGCUUUAGAUUAGGGACAGCAUUGCCGAGAGCCACCAUGGGUCCUCAGACAAAGAUUGCACCUGCCCCCCACCCAUUUGACCCUGCUGAAAACAAUUAUUGAUUUGCUGUUAACCAUGAAUAGAAUAAUAAUUGUUGAUUGGGUAAGAAACAUUAAAGGGAAGUGAUAGGAUUAUUAAAAAACAGACUUUACUUAAUAAAUGAUUUACACAGUGUACAUUGCAAUAAGGUAUUGUGCAAAACAACACUUUCAAAUAACAACCAGCUAGCAAGAAGAGACAGACUUGAAGAAUCCUAGCUCAAAGCACUUUGCAAGCUUUUUGGCUAGCAAAGAGUUCAAUAACACUAUCAAAGUCAAGGUUUUGAGCAAACUGUGCCUCUGUUGCCAAGGUUCCUGAGCUGACAGAUGAAUUUGGCUCAUUGAGGAUCGUGGGCAGUUUUUGAUACGUGCAAGGCUACUGAACGAUCGUUCAGCUUGGGCAACAGUAACAGGUGUAGAGUGCAGUAAAUCCUCAGAGCUAUUCAACAGUCAAGAAAUAAGUUUGCAGUUCCUGAAGUUUAUUUAAAAGUUGAAGAGCAGCAAUAUUUGUAGUCCCAGAUUGGCAGAGUACACAGCCUUCAAAUGUUUUAUUUCUUCACCAAGAUCUUCUGAUACGUCACUACAAUAUUCAGCACAAAAUGCUGUGACCAGAUCUUCCAUUUCAUUGUUUUCAAAAUUUGGGUAUUUCCACAAGGAACCAAAUGUAAAGUCCAUCUUUUUUGUUGCUUCAAAGCAUUUUAUUGUGUCAUCCCAUUAUGCAGUCAAGAAGAGCAUAGAAGACUUGCCUCUUGAAACACUCCUUCAGAUCAGAUUCAUGUAAGUUUUCAUUAACACUUGAAAUCCUUCAGUGGAUCCAAACCGCUAACGCUUCAGCCCAGUGGUGUUUCUUCAAAUAGGCCAAGUCUUUCCUUUGACUGAGAGAUGGGCCAAGUCUUUCCUUUGAUUGAUCUGGGCCCUACACAGCUGGCACUGUGCAAAACAUGGAUCCUCCAUCAUCUGGAAGAGCACCACCCAAGGUGUCUCCUUUGCAGGGAUUGGGACAGACACACUGUGUCCAGGGGUGGGAGGAGAUGCCCAGGAGAAAAGGGACUGAGAUGACAGCACAGUGGGUGCGCAUCCUCCUGUGGCUGAGUCACAACAACUUGUGCAGUACCCCCCUACAGGCACCUCUGCAGGCAGCGCUCCAGCAUCAGCCUCGAUGAACAAGGCCUGGUGAGGCUUCUUCAUUGCGCCACCCUAGCCAGAGGAUGGGGUGGUGUGAGGCAGCUGUGGGAUAGGCCUCCACACAGGUUUGGGGGGCAGGAGCCGCAGCCUCCCCUUCACCCUACUACUCUUCUGCUUAGCUUCUCCACAGGGUCCCACUGAUUCCCUGCAUCACUCAUUUCCCCUCCCCUGGACUACUUCACCAAAGUAAGUUAGCUGCACUACAAUCUGACUCACUAAAGUGCUGUUACUCUUGACUUUUUCCUCCACAGCGCUAACCUGUAAUAGCCUUUUUUAUCGAGCCUUCAUACAACCUAACUUUUUGUUUUGUAAAACUACUGCUAGUCGUGCUUCAGUUAAUUUUUUUAAAAAAACAAACAAACUGGUUCUGUCUUUCUAGCCUAAAAGCUAAUUUUUUUGUAACUAACCUAGACAUGGAUGUAUAAACUCUUUAAAACCCUUAAUUUAUUUUAUUUUGUUUCCUUCCUAGCCUACAAGCAAAGCCUAACACCCCCCCCCCCCCAAAUUAAGCAACUCCCUUCCAAAAACAUAAAAGACUAAAAGAACAGCCUAAAACACCAUUUAAAAAAAACCUCUUGGCUUCAAUUGAGUGAGGUAAGCCUAAUUUUUUUUCUAAGUUAACCUAUGUUUUAAUUAGAAAAAAAAACACCUGGCCUCUUUUUAAUUGACUGGGAGGGGGACUUGGACCCCUAAGUUGAAAAUUUUGUGUUUUUUUUAAAAAAAUACCUAGCACAUAAACCCUCAGUUUACUGUUAUUAAAAUCUGACAAGACAUUUCCCUGAGAACAAUUAAAUUUUUUAAAACCAGGAACACUCCAAAACUCCCUUUGGGUGUGGCCACCACCAUCAUGGACGUUCGCAGUGCCAACUGGGUCAGGGUUCAAAACAGGCUUGGAAAGGGUCAGCCAUCCAUCCUCACCCUUGCAACAUGAUGACCAGACCUGUGGUUGUGUUUGGUCACAGAUGUACAUAUGACUGCGUUUGGAAAAGCUUCUCUUAAUUGUGUAAUAUAGGAUGUUGACGUUUCUUCAAGAACUGAAAGUUCAAAACACAACACAGGAAAAACCAGAAGAAAGCAACCAGAAAGAAUAAACUUUUUAAAAACCUUGCAACCUGGACGCCCCCCCUCCCCCCCCCAGCCCUAGGAAAGGUCCUUGUGAGAAAAUAAGAUACCCUUUUUUCCUUAUUUAAGGUUUUCCUCCAUGUAUUUUAACAAUGUACGCAUGACUGCAUUCUAUAAAAAAAAUUCUUAAAUGUAAGAGUAGUCCCCUGUGCAAGCACCAAGUCAUUACUGACCCAUGGGGAGACAUUGCAUCACAACGUUUUCUUGGCAGACUUUAUGGGGUGGUUUGCCAUUGCCUUCCCCAGUCAUCUACACUUUACCGCCAGGAAAUUGGGUACUCAUUUAACCGACCUCAGAAGGAUGAAAGGCUGAGUCAACCUUGAGCUGAUUACUUGAACCCAGCUUCCGCCAGGAUUGAACUCAGUCAUGAGCAGAGCGUGGGCUGUAGCACUGCAGAG